GUGAGAUAUAUGGGGGUUCCUCUCGUUUCUUCAAGAUUAUCUUACCAAGAUUGCUUGCCUUUGAUCUCUAAGGUCACCAAAAGGGUUAAGUCAUGGAAGUACAAGCAUCUGUCUUAUGCAGCUUUGCAGCAGGAAUAUGGCUGGGUUUACUGCUUAAAAUGGGAAUCUAUAGAAACACUUGUCAGAGCUGGACUGCGGAAAUCCUUUGGUAUGUUCAAGCUUUUGCUGGCCAGACUAUUAUUGCUAGAGUGAAGAAAGUGAUUCUCAACAGUUUUAUCCAUCACUUGUGGAGAGAGCGGAAUAAUAGAGUUUUUGCUAGUAAAUUUUCUUCUACUGACCAAGUGGGUUUCGCCAUUUUAGAGGAUGUCAGAAUUAGGGUUAGUUCUAUUCAGUGCAAAGCCGACGAUAACCCUUUUUCUAGAAGUUUUAUGGACAAAAUUCGAGUUAGAUGUCAGUUUAUUCCCCCUUCUGUUAUUACUUAUUGCUCUUGGCUUUUUCCUGAUCAAGAUUUAACUAUGGUUAACACUGAUGGGUCAAAAAAGGAUCAUUCAGGUGGUUGGGGAGAUAUUUUAAGGAACUGCUCAGGAAAUGUUGUGGCUACUGCAAAAGGAGGUGGUCCUCCUAUUUCGGCUAAUGCUCAUGAACUACAUGGAGUGGAGUUGGGUUUAAACCUAGCCAUUGUUAAAGGUAUUAGAAAGAUUCAUCUGGCCAUGGACUCUAUGUAUAUUUAUAAUUUGAUGGUUCAGAAGAUUAGGAAACCUCCUUGGAGUUUAAUUCAAAUUUGGCGCAGGGUGGAGAAGCUGCUACCUUUCUUUGAGGUCCUUAAGAUUUCUCAUAUUUUCAUGAGGCUAAUAGAGCUGCUGACACUCUAGCUAGUGAUCACCCCUCUGUAAAAUGGAUUGAUGUCAGGAUAAAGGAGUUCUCUCCAGAGCUGUGUGAGAUAAUUAGAGAGGAUAGGGAGGGGAAACUGUACGCGCGUUGGUAGUUUCUAGUUUUGUUCUUGUUUUUUGAUUUGUUUUCUGUUUUAGGGGAUCCCUUUAACCCCAGCUGAUUAAAAAAAACAACUAAUUUUUCAGUAUCACGGGUGAAUAAGGUGAUUAUAACAUGCUAAUAGAUAGGAAUCAUGAAGUGAUAAUCAACAUUUGUACUUUGUUAUUGACCAAAUUAAAAAGAGAAAAGUAGACAGAG